AUGGAGAAACUUGAUAUUAGUGAAUAUGUGGAUGAAACUGUAAAAUAUGUAGCGCCGCCUCCUUUAGAAAACCACAUGAAUGACGGUGACCCAGAACGACUGUCAAAGUACCUGGAUCCGGAAUUCUUAGGCGCUACACCUGACGAAAAAGCGAUCGAUCCUGGACAAUUAGAGAUCGAAAACAAGGAACAUUUGAAUCUCGAUUUAGAUCUCGAUGACGAAGAAUUAGAGCAAUUAAAUGAAGACAAUUUGAAGACAGCGAUGUUGGCUCCACGAGAAUAUCAAUACGAAUUGUAUCAAAAGGCUUUAAAAGAGAAUGUCAUUACAGUGUUAGACACUGGUAGUGGUAAAACGUUAAUUUCUGUAAUGCUCAUCAAGGAAAUGGCCAGGUUAGAACGCGAAGCUCGUCUCACAAGACGCGAGACAAAACUGGCAUUUUUUUUGGUUGAAAGAGUCCCUCUUGUUUUUCAACAAGCUAGUGUAAUCCAAGCUAAUUGUGAUGUGGUAUUGGAACAAAUGUGCGGAGAAAUGGAUGUGGAUAAUUGGUCCGAAAAGCGAUGGAAGCAAAUAUUUGAAGAAAGUGAUGUGUGUGUUAUGACUGCCCAAAUUUUUUUGGAUACACUUUAUCAUGGUUUCCUUAGUUUAGAAAGGGUCCAUACAUUAAUCUUUGAUGAGUGUCACCAUGCUACUAAAAAACAUCCAUUUAAUUUGAUUAUGCGAUCAUUUUAUGACAGAUGUCCAGUCGAAAAUAGGCCUAAAAUUUUUGGUAUGACUGCUUCUCCUAUGCAUGCUAGAUCCAGCGUCGAACAUAGUGUAAUACAAUUAGAGAAAAAUUUGGAUGCCAAAAUCUACACAGCUUCCAAUAUCGAAGAGUUAAAUAUAUCCGUAAACAAACCUAAAGAGUUUACAAUUGAAUACUACCCACCCCCAAAAUAUGGCGAAACCGAAUUAUCAAAAAGAAUUAGAGAAAAUAUUGGAUCCAUUGAGCGGUAUAAGCGUUGUUUUAUCAUUACAACAGAUAUUUUGAGUGUAUUAGGUCCAUGGUGCUGUGAUCAUAUGUGGAAAAUCAUGCUGACGGAUCUGGAACGAAAAAUGUCUGCCAUUACGCAGGAUUUGGACAAAGACUCAUUGAUCGAUGAAGAUCUUGCAUUGAAACAGACUCAUGAAUUCAUCGACCACAUCGAAUUUCCUCGUAACCCCAACUAUAAAGACAAGGCAUUGUUCUCUCCCAAGAUUGGAAUGCUGAUGGAUAUUUUAACUACAGUUGGUGGAGGUAAAAUAUCGGAUUUUUGCGGUAUCAUCUUUGUGGAGAGACGACAUACAGCUGUUGCCAUCAAAUUGCUGAUCGAUUCUUUGGAUAGCUUAUCAAAUUUACGAAGUGAUGUCUUGAUCGGGCAUGGUAGUACCGAUGAAGGUGAUAUCCAAAUGACAUUCAGGGAUCAAAACAAGGUCAUCGCAAAGUUCAGAACGGGUGAAUUAAAUUUAUUGAUCGCCACAAAUGUUGCUGAAGAAGGCCUGGAUAUCCAACCUUGUAAUUUUGUCAUUAGAUUUGAUUUCUUUUACACAUUAAUUGCCUAUAUUCAAUCUCGUGGAAGAGCUAGAAGAAAGGAUUCAAAAUACAUUUUAUUAGCUGAACGUGGUAAUGCCAGUCAAUACGGCAUGGUAGACGAAUUCCGUAGUCUGGAAGCUGACAUGAAAACUUAUUGCCAAACUAUGCCAGAAGAUAGAAAUGUUGCGAACAAAUUUUCUAUUGGUAUGCAUGUAGAUUACGAUUCAGAUGAUGAGCCAGAUUCGGACGAUGAAGACUAUAUGGGUAGUGCAAUUUAUAUCGCUGAGACGGGUGCUACACUUACCAAACAAAACGCCAUUCCAUUGAUCCAUCGAUAUUGUAGCUCCUUGCCGUCUGAUAGUUUCUGUGUCCUAAAGCCGAUUUUCGAAACCACAAAUACAGGACAGGGUUAUAUCUGUAAGCUGACUUUACCCAGUAAUGCUGCUAUUCAAGAAGUUGAAUCACCCAUUGCUAGAACCAAGGAUCACGCCAGAGCGUUAGUAGCACUCAAUGCAUGUUCCCAGUUGCUGACACUGAAAGCGUUCGAUAACCAUCUUAUGCCUCGUAACAUCCGUAAAGAGAUUUUAGGUGAAAUGGCACCACAAUACGAUGAAAAUGGCAUGAUCAUUGGUAGUAGACGAAGACAUGGCUUAUACGAGAAGCGAACACCAAGAUUAUGGAAUAGAAUCGUGGAAGAGGAAGAGGAAGAGGAGGUCGGUAUUGAAGAUAAUGCGGAUCUUUUAAAGGCACAAGUCCAGACAGUCGUUGAGGUUAGUACUACGGAAGCAGAAACAGAGACAGAAAAAAAUGUCAAUUCAGAAAACAUCAAUGCAAGUCUUCCUGAGCCUACGGAUGAAGGUGUAAGAAGUAUCGAUGAAUUAGUGAAGUCUGUUGAGGAAACAAUAAAAUCUAGCCAAGACAAUAUGAAAUUUAGCCUGGAGGCAGAAAAUCUAAUUGAAGAAUCUGAGAAGCCUCAACUCGAGUACGAAGAAAAUGGCCGGAUAAUGCUUAAUCUUGAUCUGGUUGAAGAGUUUAAAGAAGAAGAGGAUGUCAAUUCUGUGGCUGACGAAGCUGAUGAUGACGCUGAAGAAGAGUUAGAAGAAGGCCCAUUUACGUGUUGGUUUACCAUCAUUGAGGUGAAAUUACCAGAUCAUAAAUUUGAAGAUGUGCCGUACCGCAGACUUUGCUUGAUUUCAAAGAGACCGUUUCCUGAUUUACCAGAACUCAAAAUGUUUCAUCAAAGUGUGCCGUUUAUGGUCAAGAUGCGGAACCUUUCUACCGAAGUCAUAUUUGAUCGCGAACAGAUACUCCAUCUUUCAAGCUACGUUAUGAAACUUAUGCUAGCAUUGAUUAACAAGGAAUUCCAUUGUCCUAUUAAUGAUAUUCCAUACUACAUAGUUCCAUUGGUUAAAGAUUGCGAAGACGUAGAGUACGAAAAACUUUCUGGCCCAGAACUGCAAGAUUUGAUUGAUUGGCAGGAAGUUGACAAAAUCAUUGAAUCCAAAAACGAGCCCUUCGUUCUAGAGGAAUCUAAUGAUCCUACUGAUACGAUUGUAAUUGACAGUUCAGACAACUUACGUCGUUACUUUGUCACUGAUGUUCGAAAUGAUAUGUCACCUCUCAGUAAGGUGCCUGAAGGUGUCAAAAUACGUGAAACCGGAUAUGCUACUUUUGCAGAUUUUUACAAAGAAAAAGGGUUUGCUGAUAUUACGGAUUUUAACCAGCCUUUAUUACAAGUGAAACGCUUAAAGAAGGUCAUGAACUUUUUGUAUCCUGGCCACAUUGUUCCUGCACAGCUAAAGGGACCUUUGAGUACAUGGACUUUGCCCCAGUUCUGUCAGAAAUUCUUUAUGAGUGCCAGUGUGUAUCAGGCCACCAUGAUGAUCCCCUCUAUCAUGACUCGUGUGGACUCUCUUCUGCUUUGCCGUGAAGCAAAAGAUAGAUACGAUUUGCCUAUCGACGAUGCCAAUUUCCUUGAAGCCUACACAGCACCAUCUGCUAGCAUGGAAAUGAAUUACGAACGUUUGGAAACUCUAGGUGAUUCAUUGUUAAAAUUCAUUGCAACGAUUCGACUUUACAUUAAUUUCCCGUUUAGUAACGAAGGUGAACUUCAUCAUUUGCGUAUUCGAGUUAUUUGUAACAGAGCCCUGUACAGAUCUGCCAAGCGUCUUAAAUUCUAUCGCUAUGUUACCAGUCAGGCAUUCAACCGUAGAUAUUGGCGCCCACCCAAGUUCACCAGUCCUGCUGACAACGUUGAGACGAUGGAAGGCUUAAAGUACCACAAGUUAUCGGAUAAGACACUUGCGGAUAUUGUCGAAGCUUCUUUAGGCGCAGCGUAUUUGAGUAACGGUCUUGAAGGCGGGCUUCAUGCAGCUAUUCAACUUCAGAUUCCAUUUGACGAAAUUAAAACUUGGACUGAUUUCAACCCAACCUUUGAAGAAUCUAGAAAGAAAGUGCCUGCACGUGCUGAAGUCAGAGCAUUACGUCUCUUAAAUAUACCAAAGUUGACAGAGAUUAUCGGUCGUGACUUUGCCAAACCUUUGCUUUUAGUUGAAGCUUUGACACAUGCUAGUUUACCCAACUCGACCUCGCCUUGUUACCAACGUCUUGAAUUCUUGGGUGAUGCCAUUCUGGAUUUCUUGGUAAUUCGUUACUUGUUCUCGAAAUAUCCUGAUGCUGAUCCUGGUAUUAUUACGGAUCUAAAAGAUUCUUGUGUAAACAAUCAUAUUCUGGGUAUUAUCUGUAUUGAGACCAAACUAUACAAACACAUUAUUCAUUAUUCCGGAAGAUUGGUCAGAGCUAUUGAAGUGUUUCAGAAUGAAGUACAAGAAGCCAAGGAUAGUGGAGAAGCUGUUGGUGAAUACUGGGUGGAUUUUAAUAUUCCUAAAGUGUUAUCCGAUGUAGUCGAAUCCAUGUUGGGUGCUGCUUUCGUGGAUUCUGGAUUCAGAUUAGAAGCGUGCGAGGAAUUAUUUGCGAAAUGGUUUUUACCUAUUUUGGAUAAUCAUGUAACUCCCGAGUUAAUCAGGUUUCAUCCUUUAAGAAGAUUGAUCACAGACUUGCAGAGAUUUGGCUGUGAUGGAUUCAUGCUUCGUAAUCAUGGCUCGGGCGAAACAGGACCCGAAAGUCAAAAAUGUGUUAUCUUUUUACAUGAUAAGCCGUUAGCUUGUGGUUCUGAUUGGAAUAUUAAGACUGCGCGUAGACAUGCUGCUACAAAGGCAUCACAAAGACUUGAAGAUGAACCUGGAUUAUUAGAAUCAGUGUGUAACUGUAGAGUAUCGAUGAUUAAACGUGGUUUGCUCGUUGAAGAAUUUGAUGAAAACAAAGCAGAGGAAGAGUAA